AGCUUCUUGGAAGGCCAGUGUUGAUGUUGUCAUACCCAUAUUCCAUUGCUAUGGGCACAAGGCAUCAUGCCAGAUCUAGUACAGUCUAAGAAGGAUCAAGGGAACUGGAUUGACAGAUGAUGAAGGGGUGGAAAGGUUAUGGUCCUUUCUGCAUAGGUUUUCUUCUGUCACCAAAGAAGGCAGAAACUCUUCUACAGGAUGUCAGUGCAAAGCUUGAGGAACUCACUGAAAAACUUCCAGUACUAGGUUGUGAUGAUGUGAUACAAGAGUGGCAAAAGGAAGAAGUGGAAGCGCUGAAACCAAAAGAACACGAUGGCCAAGCAAUUGCCAUAAAGCUCGCAAAGCAGAUCAACAAAGUCGCGAAGUCCGUCCUCAAAACUUUGUCCGAAGUAAAUGGGUAUCUUCCCAAUGAUGUACCCCAAAUUCUUUAUGACGAUGCUAAGGAUCCUAAGAGCAGCAUUUACUCUGAAUUCCAAGAGGAAGGGGACACCGUUCCUGCUCUUGUUAGGAGGCAGAUAAUUGACCAUUUCUGCUUACACAACAGGUGUCCGGAGGAGCUUGAGCUGUUGAAGGAGGAAAUGAAUCGCCUUGUCUCUUUCCUCCAAAACGAAAUGAGGCUUCUAGACGAAUCAGUGGAUGCGCUUCUGCCUCACACUGAUAACCCUCUUAAUGCAGGAAUGAUUCAUUGUAAACACAUUCCCUCGCUGCUGCUUUUAUGGGGUGGUAACUUGGAUUCCCCUAAACCUAUUGAUGAUGCUGAGGUAGCAAAAGCCUAAGCUAAUUUGAGUGGUAUCGGCUAUCUUCCAGAUGACGAGAAAUCAGACGAAUCGAUGAUGGAGGAAGUUGUGUACGAUGAGGCCUUUGUGUUAGAACUGUCAUCAGGCAACGAAUUAUCUGAUGAUGAAUAAAACUCAUUUUGUAUCUGGCGCUUGCCAAAACCAUACAGAAACAGCCGCUGUUUUGUUUAUGUGCGCGCGCUAAUAGCGGGUAAACUUCUCGAAAAACCCAAAAAAUAACAAU